CGCCUCCCCUAAAGAGAGACCCCGCCCGCAUGCUCGGUGUGUUCCGUUGAUAGAGACGCUUUAAACCGUCAGAACAACAACACACUCCAGCUGGUUUCAGAGAAGCGCACUAAAAAUACCACUUUUUUUCAUCGCACUUGCAUUGGACGAACAACUCGAGUGUUUGGAGCCAUAAUGUCUGACAGGGAUCUUUUCCACCCCAGUCUGGCCAAGGAGAGGAGGAAACACAAGAAGAAGAGGCAAGUGCAGAGUCCCAACUCCUACUUCAUGGAUGUUAAAUGCACAGGCUGCUAUAAGAUCACUACCAUCUUCAGCCAUGCUCAGACGGUGGUGCCAUGUGGUGGCUGCUCUCUAAUCCUGUGCCAACCAGCAGGGGGGAAAUGCAGACUAACAGAAGGUUGUGCCUUCAGAAAGAAAUAUUCCUGAGCAGAAAUGUGCAAAACAUCCAUGACAAGAAGCAGAAGGGAAGAAUGGAGCAUGAAGAAAUGUGUCCAAGCCUUUCAAUCCCUGAUUUCAAGCUUUAAAACGUAGAGAAUCUGUAUCACUAUAAUAUGGAGCAAUAUGUCAUCCCCCCUGUGGGGUUGCAUUGAACACAGCAGGGGGGGAUAAACUGAAAUCAUAUACAGUGCAUGCAUUCCACUUCUUUGAUUGAAUGAUAUUAAUCAGAUUGAUAUGAUGAAGCACUGAAGGAGUUUUUAA